ACAGGAUACUUUAACCAACCAUGGAUCCCGGCCAACGGACUCAUCAGAAUGUCGUCGUCAUGCGCCAUGCGGACCGGAUUGACAACUUCGAGCCACUAUGGACGGAGAAGGCUGCUAGGCCAUGGGAUCCACCUUUGGUCUUCGAGGGUAAGGUUAGGGCAUUCUGUACCGGUAAGAAAUUCAACAACCUAACUUUUCCGAUCCAUCGUGUCUUUGUAUCACCGUUUCUCCGGUGCCUUCAGACCGCAUCUGAGGUUAUUCAUGCUCUCUGUGCCGUUAAUGAUGAUGUGACUCACAAGACCUCUGCCGACGGUGUUGUCAUCGAUCCUUCUAAGCUCAAGGUGUCUGUUGAGUAUGGUCUAUGUGAAAUGCUGAACAAGCGAGCCAUACGGGCUGAGAAUGCACCUAAAGAUGGAGACUUUGCCUUCAAUAUUUCAGAAUGUGAAGCAGUUCUACCAGAAGGAUCAGUGGAUUCAAGUGUAGAACGAGUUUACAAAGAGCUGCCAAAGUGGGAAGAGUCAAUAGAGAGCGCUAGAGACAGGUACAAGAACAUUAUCAAGACCCUUGCGGAUAAAUAUCCUACCGAAAACUUGUUGCUUGUUACACAUGGGGAAGGCGUUGGGGUCUCGGUUUCUGCAUAUGCACAAGAAAAUUUGAGAGUGUGCGAAGUAGACUACUGUGCGUAUUCGGUCCUGCAAAGAACAAUUUCAAGUGAAGAUUAUGAAUCACUUACGGCUGGAAAAUUCGAGCUGUGUGCGACUCUAGGCCAAAAUGGCAUUUAUUUUGAGCCCAUUAAAGCGGCUGCUGAUGAAGUUGUCAAGGAACCAGAACCGCCGAUAUCGUAAAAAUGCUGAUCGGAUCACCGGAUAUCAACAGUUCAUGUUAGCCUCUUGGGUUGGGAAGAAAAAUGUUUUACUGGUUUUUAUUUGGUGUAAUUUAGUGAAAGUUUUGCAAUUUAUUUGCAAAUCAGGUGGUGAUUCUGUUGUGGCAAAAGAGGGUGUUUUGUAGCAUGGUGUCAAGGGAGUCUCCCAUUGGAAUUAAAUAAGAAUGCUGGAUUUUGGUUGGCAGCUUUGUGAAUUUGGACCAAA